UACAUCUGCUUUCCCUUCUCGCUCUGCGGGACGAGGCACGAUCGCGCUUCAGCAAAUCUUCCUGAGUUUGCACCGAAUGUUGGGAAUCCUCGACGCGGGACGCCGCUGAGCACGACUUGAGUGGACGAAAACAUCAUUCGCGCAAUCUUCGUGUCCGGUUGGAGUCGUCUCGUGCACGUUGAAGCUUUUCGGCCUAGCUUAGCUUAGUUUGCUAACACAUAGGUUUUCUCUUGGUUUGCAAGCCGCUUGCGGUCAACACUUCGCUCCGCAGUAGAUCAAGCGUCAGGUAAAGUCUUCUUCUUCCCGCCACCGACGAGAAAAGGCAAUGUCUAACCAUAACACUUAAAUGUAGUUUAAACGCACACAUACCAACGACUAGUUUCUGUCAGCUUUGUUUGUCUCAGAUCCUGAAAUAAUAGCCUCUAACGAUUAUUUUCUGAAUCGUUAUCAUCUUAAUCUGGAUUCUGAAUCGUGUCUAUCAUGUGUCAUCACAAGUUGUCUCUCCCGAAGUCAAAACGUAGCUGUUUUCUUUUUCCUCUUACGAUGCAUCAUUGCAUGUUUUAAUGUUGACUUUGGUGCGUUGCCAUUUGAACUGGCGUACCGUUUCACCACACAAUGUCCCAGUCUUAAUCUUUGUUGAGUUGUUUCGCAUGUUCGAUUUGCACUUGCUUUUUGUCGUCCCUCCAACCUUAGAGCCGAAAGUGUCGUGACCGCCGUGUGAAAAUGUGCGCGAGGAGGCCAGCGGAGUACGAGGAGGAACUUCGCGGCCCAAGAGGGCAGAAGGAGCCGCAAGGUCGGCGACUGGACGCUGCGUUCAAUCUGCGGCCUCGAGUUGUGCUACGCAGUGCAGUCAUCACUGAAGAUCUUCGUACUGAGUGGCAGGAGCUUGAGCCCCCUCACAUUAAAGAGGAAGUGGAGGACGAAGAGGUCCACCGCAUUAAAGAGGAAGAGGAGCCCAUUUCGAUUAAAAAAGAGGAGAAAGAAUUGCACCCCCACAACAGACAGGAAGUGGAGGAUAUCACCAAGUUUCCAUCGGCUGGUGUCCCUUUGAAGAGUGAAGAUGAAGGUCAAAGUGAGGAGAACGGAGGGGCGGAGCCUCCAAACAACAGCUCAAGUCAACACAUGACAACAGAAGGUGAUGGAGACCACUGUGGAGGAUCACAAGCAGACGCCCACUUGGCGCCACUAUCAGAUAGUGACGACAUGACGUCACACUCUACUCACACUGAUGAGGAUGGUGGACAGUCUGAAGGUGAUAUGACAUUACAGACUGACAACAAACGAUGGAAAUGUUCUGUGUGUGGGAAAACAUUUGCUAAUAAGAGUAGUUUGAAACAACACGUGAGAACACACACGGGUGAGAAAGCUUUUUCCUGCUUAGAUUGUGGCCAAAGAUUCUAUAAGAAGGAACACUUAAAAAGGCACACAAGAACCCACACUGGUGAGAAACCUUUUCCCUGCUCGGUUUGUGGCCAAAGAUUCACUCAGAAGGAACACUUAAAAAGACACACAAUAACACACACUGGUGAGAAACCUUUUUCCUGCUCGGUUUGUGGCCAAAGAUUCACUCAGAAGGGAAGCUUAAAAAUACACACAAGAGCGCACACUGUUGAGAACCCCUUUGCCUGCUUAGUUUGUGGUCAUAGAUUCACGCAGAAGGGAAACUUAAAAAAACACACAAGAACCCACACUGGUGAGAAACCUUUUGCCUGCUCAGUUUGUGGUCAAAGAUUCUCUGUAAAGGGAAGUUUAAUAUUACACACACGAACCCACACUGGUGAGAAACCUUUUGCCUGCUCAGUUUGUGGUCAAAGAUUUACUCAGAAGGGAGAUUUAAAAAAACACACAAGAACCCACACCGGUGAGAAACCUUUUGCCUGCUCAGUUUGUGGUCAAAGAUUCACUCAGAAGGGAAACUUAAAAAUGCACACAAAAACACACACUGGUGAGAAACCUUUUUCCUGCUCAGUUUGUGGCCAAAGAUUCUCUAAAAAAGGAAACUUAAAAAUACACACAAGAACACACACUGGCGAGAAACCUUUCUCCUGCUCAGUUUGUGGUCAAAGAUUCUCUAAAAAAGGAAACUUAAAAAUACACACAAGAAUGCAUACUGGUGAGAAACCUUUUUCCUGCUCAGUUUGUGGUCAACGAUUCACUUACCAGGGAACCUUGAAAAUACACAUGAGAACCCACACUGGUGAGAAACCUUUUUCCUGCUCCGUCUGUGGUCAAAGAUUCUCUAAAAAGGGAAACUUAAAAAUACACACAACAACGCACACUGGUGAGAAACCUUUUUCCUGCUCACAUUGUGGCCAAAGAUUCUCUCUGAAGGAACACUUAAAAAGACACACAAGAACGCACACUGGUGAGAAACCUUUUUCCUGCUCAGUUUGUGGCCAAAGAUUCACUUAUCAGGGAACCUUGAAAAUACACACGAGAACCCACACUGGUGAGAAACCCUUUUCCUGCUCAGAUUGUGGCCAAAGAUUCUCUCUGAAGGAACACUUAAAAAUACACCGAAGAACGCACACUGGUGAGAAACCUUUUUCCUGCUCAGUUUGUGGUCAAAGAUUUUCUAAAAAGGAAAACUUAAAAAUACACGGAAGAACGCACACUGGUGAGAAACCUUUUUCCUGCUCAGAUUGUGGCCAAAGACUCUCCUAUAAGUAUCAGGCUAAGACACACAAGUGUGCUGGUGAGAAUAGCAGUGAUCAAGAAGCUUUUAAUGCAAAUGUCAAUGUUGAAUCUCAAAAGUAAUUACUAUGUCGCUGACUUAUAAAAAAAAUCUACAUUCUUGUAUUCUGUGUACCAGAUUUUAUUGUAUCUAUCUUUUUGCUGUCCAUAUAUUGCCCUGUGAGUGUUAAGAAUUAACAUUGGCGCCAAAAUAAGAACAUCGGCACUUAUUCAAUAGUGCUGGACUAAAACAUGUCUACAGAAAAAAAGCCCUCCAAAAUACACUCCGUUGUCAUUUUAGAGUCAUUUACUGGUGAAAUAUUAGAUUUUCAGCCAGAUUUGACCCGUCCACAUUUUGGACGGGUCAGCCUGUCACAGCCUGACAUCUGAUGAGCAGGAGCCGAUUACAUUUCCUCAUUAAACUUCUAUGUUUUCCAUGGUGUAAUUUUUGCCCGUAUUGAAAGUCUGGAUGUAUAUUUGAGACAAUAAUGAGUGAAAAAGUGUCAUGCGUUGGAAGGCUUGUCGUUUAAAAAAAAUCCACCAUUGAAAUGCCUCCUUGGGGAAAGACGACAGCCACGUCACCCUACAUAAAGUAAUUAUUGCAGAUUUAUUUCCUCAUACGUCAGCCCAAUUUUGAAUUGU